ACUUUUAAUUAUACCGGAAGUGUAACGCUUCCUGGUUGUAGUUGCAAGUCUAGCCUGUCAGGUGGCGAACCAAAAUGGAUUAUUACAAUUUAAUGACAAUAUGUGCAUUUAUUAAUUUGCUUGUUUCUAUACCACAAGCAUACAGUAAUUAUGUUGAGAACAAAGCUGGACAGUUUUUUAGCAGUGGUCAUACAAACAACUGGGCGGUCCUGGUCUGCCUGACGCCUAGAUUCUGGUUUAAUUAUCGGCAUGUGGCAAACACACUGUCAGUAUACAGAAGCGUAAAGAGACUGGGCAUUCCAGACAGUCACAUCGUGCUGAUGCUAGCCGAUGAUAUGGCCUGUAACUAUAGAAACCCCAAACCAGCCACUGUAUUCAGUCAUAAGAACAUGGAGCUGAACGUGUAUGGAGAUGACGUGGAGGUGGAUUACCGUGGAUAUGAGGUCACAGUGGAGAAUUUCCUGCGAGUCCUGACAGGGCGCCUCCCCCCCAGCACCCCUCGAUCCAAACGUCUGCUUUCCGAUGACCGCAGCAACAUUCUCAUCUACCUGACAGGUCACGGCGGAAACGGCUUCCUGAAGUUCCAGGACUCGGAGGAGAUCAGCAACAUGGAGCUGGCUGAUGCCUUUGAGCAGAUGUGGCAAAAGAGGAGGUACAACGAGUUGUUGUUCAUCAUAGACACAUGCCAGGGGGCCUCCAUGUACGAGAGGUUUUACUCACCAAACCUCAUGGCCCUGGCCAGCAGCCAAGUGGGAGAGGACUCGCUCUCACACCAGCCAGACUUGGCAAUAGGGGUCCAUUUGAUGGACAAGUACACCUUCUACUUACUGGAGUUCUUGGAGGAAGUUCACCCUGCUAGCCAGGCCAACAUGAACGAUCUGUUUAAGGUGUGCCCGCAGAGUCAGUGCGUGUCCACUCGUCACCGUGCUGACCUGUUCCAGGAUCCCGGGAGCGUUCUCAUCACUGACUUUUUUGGAAGUGUCCGCAAAGUGGAGAUCACCAAGGACACUAUCCAUCUGACGUCCUACGUAAAGCCGCCAAUACAGAGGUCUGGAAGUGGCGAUAUGCAAAUCGAAUCUUUGACGUAUGUGGACCAACUUCCAGUGGCUGAAAUUAUUCAUCAGAAACCCAAGCAGAAAGACUGGCACCCUCCUGAUGGCUUCAUUCUGGGGCUCUGGACUCUGAUCUUGCUGGUGUUCUUCAAGACCUAUGGCAUCAAACAUCUCAAACACAUCUUCUGAUUCAUCCCUCCCAGCGCCGCAGAGGUCAAAGAACCCACCGCUUUCAUAAAAGAGUCCACCCUAACUUUGUUCAUGAUUGAUUUGGUCAGGAAUCAUUUUUUAUUUAUUAUUUGAUGCAAGUUUGUUUUUUUUUGGGUUUCGCUGUGUAUCAUUUUUUGAAAGUGACAUGCACUGACUUCUCGCGUUCAAACAUUCUUUGUUGUUUGGAGCUCAGUAAAUCCAUUUGAAUUUCACACAGGGUCUUUCUUUUGAACUUAACACACACAGACAGCUUGUGGGGCAAAGCGUACUUCUAGUUUGUUUGUUUGUUCUUCAAUUUCCAGCUGUAGUCUCAUCUCUUCGGCAGUUAUUUUCUAAACAUUUAUAAUGGCACGUGUGGAAUUAUAACUUGUAAUGAGGGCAUGCACUCAGAUUUCUCCAUUUGUUUUCUUAGUGCGACGCCAUGUUUGUUUUUAUAUAUAAUCUAAAUCUGUAAAUGAUCUGUUGUUUCAAUUGCACUUUAUAAUUUGCAUUCUUGUUUUUCGGGGUAAUGCACGGGUCAUAUUUUACCACGAAAUUGAGAAAAUAAAGCUUAGUUUAUAAAUAAGGCUUAUCAUAAUUUCACUGUAAUACAGUGAUGCAUUAAUACAUUAAUAACAUGAUGUGUAAUCUGUUUUUAAUUUAAAUAAUACAACAUUUAUUCACCAGUUAGCAAUGAGAAUGUUUUUCCACACGUGUCAUUAAAGGGUUGAUCCACCCCAAAAUGAACGUUUUGUCAUUAAUCACUUACCCCCAUGUCGUUCCAAACUCGAAAAAAAGCUCUGUUCGUCUUCGGAAAACAAUUGAAAAUAUUUUGGAUGAAAACCGAGAGGCUUGUGACUGUCCCAUUGCCCGCCAAACAAUUACGACCCUCAAGGUGCAAGGAAAGCAUGAAAGACGUCGCCUGAGUGCUCCAUCUGCCGUCAGUGGUUCAUCCGUAAUAUUAUGAAGCUACGAGAAUAGUCGUAAUUGUUUGGCAGUCAAUGGGACAUUCACAAGCCUCCUGGUUUUCAUCAAAAAGACGAACAAAGGCUUUGGAACGUCAAAAGGAGUACGCGAUUAAUGACAAAACGUUCAUUUUGGGGUGGAGUGACCCUUUAAGAUGCUGGCAACUGACUACCAAGAAAACCUCAUGAAAUGAAUACAAAGAUUUAAUUUGUCCCAAAUAGGUUUUGUUUUUAAAGCAAAACAUCAUUUAUUUGUUUUCUUAGAUUUAGACAUUUUCAUGAGAUCAUCCAGCGAUAAAUACAAGGAAUUAAUGGACAGCAAACCACGUUUCCAUGUACAGCGAGCAAAACGGCUCCAUUUGCCUGUGGCAGUGUCCUGUAUCUGUCCAUUAGCAUCUCCGCUGCACUUGAACUGUUACGAAUGUGCUCUAAAAGGGGUUGACCGAAUUCACCCCCAGCUACACAGCAAGUGUGAAUGAGAGAUUGACAAAUUGGACUGCCUAAUCCAGUUUUUUUUAUUUUUUGUGUUUCUCUCUGCCUAAUGCAUCAACUGUCGGUUAACGAGGAUUGUUUAGCAGAGCAGAGCUCACGUUAUGUGAGGAGAUGCAUUACGAGGAUAUUUUUUUAUAAUGCCAUUUUCUCUUUUUCCCCCGUUUACGUUCUCUAGCGUUUUGCUAUAUGUUUUUUUUUUUUAUUAUUAUUAUAAAACUGGCUAAAGGUGAUGUUUUGAAUAAAGUCUCGAGUGAAAAGCU